AUAACCGAUGCGGCGCCAUAUAUGGUUGCUGCAAUGAGAUCUUUGAAGACUUUGUUUUACAAGAUGCUUCAUAUAUAUAUGUUUUGCACAUGGCCUUCACCGUGUUGGCGAAUUUAUUCGUAGCGAAUACGAAGACGUCAAUAAGCUUAUCGUGCAUAAAAUCAAUUUUCGUAAAGGCACCAUCGCGCCGAAAGAAAUUUAAAACAACGUAUCCUCAACUACCAUUACCACCAAUGCCAUCAACAACACGUUGGAGCACAUGGUUGAAGGCAGCCGAAUAUUACAACGAGAACUUUUUUGAAAUAAAAUGCUUGGUAGAGAGCUUGAGUGAUGAAGACAACGAAUCGAUUCGCAUCGCUAAAAAUUUGCUUGCAAGUGAUACAAUUGUUAGUGACUUAGCCUUUAUAAAAUCAAAUUUUGCUGUAAUUCAUCGCUCUCUAGAGUGGUGGUCCCUAGAGACCAAAGGAUUGUGUUUGAAAAACAGCCUCAAAGAGGUGAAAAAUGUGAAGAAAUCAUUAAAGCAGUUAGACAAUAGGGCAUUUUUAAACAAAUUUGAAGCUGUUUUUGCACGUAAUGUAGGAUUUAAAGAUAUACAAGUCAUUGAAAAGUUGUUGUUCACGAGCAAGAAACUUUCUUCUGAAUAUGUAACUAAACUUACUCCAA